AUGGACCGCGUAGACGAGGUUAUCCGUGACCUCGAUUUGGCCAAAGUGUGCAACACACGGGUCGGCGACGAUGCCAGCGGGGGUCUUUCUGGGGGCCAAAAACGGAGAGUAACGGUUGCCAUAGAGAUGAUCAGCAAUCCCUCCAUUUUAUUUUUAGAUGAGCCGACGUCGGGAUUGGAUGCGUACGGUUCGCUGCGGUUGGUGCAUGUGCUCAGGAAGUUGGCAGACAGAG